UGGUCUUCACAACAUCCUCUAGCAAGGAGUUCCACAGAUGGACGGUGUGCGGUAUGAAGAAAAAAGCUUGCAGUCUAAGGAGAUGAAACAGGAUGUAUUGCUAGCCCCAUUUUAUAGACUGACUAGCUUAAGAUCAAACAAGGAGGAUAUAGUAGAGCACUGAAUCCAGAUCUUCUGAGGCCAGUCUAAUCACAAGAACAGCCUUCCUUUCAGGGUUAAUUGCCUUCAUGACUCUGUGUGUGUGUCCUUCUCUUUCAACAGGACCCUUGAACAUCUGUGAGGAAACAGCCGUUCUGCAUGGCGGUUUCCUGCUAGCUGCGAAGUUGUAUCAUCCUAAAGCGUUGACCGAGUUGGCCAAAUCUGACUGGUCCUUGGUCGGGCCGCCCAUAACGGAUGCCUUGAAGGAGAUAUGCACCAGGUGUUCCUCUCCCCCAGCCCAACCCAAUGCGUGGAAGAAGAAAGCUGUUAUCAUCAUCUGGGCCAAAAUCCUGCUCCCCUGCCCCUCGUCCUCAGUGGGCUCUUCCUCAGUUGACCAACGAUGGAAGGAAGAUGUCUUCUUUUCGGUGGGCAGCAUGAUCCCGCGUAUCAACCGCACCAUCCUCUUCGAGCUGCUCAAGGCUCUGAAUGCGCCGCGGCUCUUUGUGCAGCUGCUGCUGGCGUUGCCUGCAGCGGUGCGGCAGCGGGAGCUCGAGCUCUUUGUCAAGUACGUCGCGAACGAGACGUCCCCGGUGGAUGUCGCCUUCUUCCUGGACGUCUGGUGGGAGAUAAUGAAACACAAGGAGGGUGAGCAAGACAAAAUGAUCUUGACGUUCGGCGCGCUGGUCCAUCAGCACCUGUCCGAGGCUCCGGACGAGUCCUGCCAGCCUGCAAAGAGAUUCAAGGGGGACCCCUUCUCCCAGCAGAGCUCCCACAUGGCCCCCGGCCUGCUGAUGGUUCUGGUUGAUGGGCUAAAGCAGAUCUACGGGAGCAUCGUCCUCCCCAAGAUGAAGUGCUGUGCGCUGGCCAACCUGGUGGAGCUGCUGUCGGUCUUCACAGUGAUCGAGCGCGAGUCCGGUUCGCUGCCCGUCAAAGCUUAUCUAGACAAGAUUGCCUCUGUGGUCACCCUCUGGAACGACGACAGCGAGAACCGGUACAACAGGAGGAGUCUGGAGGAGAAAGUGAAGGAGGCGGAGAGGAGCGUCAGCUUGCUGUCCAUGAUCAAGCUGUCCGGCGAAGAGCUGUUUGUUGGCUUGAGCUUCCUCCGUAGCUUGCUCCAGGGCUGGGGGGAGGAGCUGCCAGGCCUGCAGGAAUUCGGAGAGCAGCGUCAUGGCUUUGGUUGCCAUGGCUAUUAUUGAGAAGAAGAUGGACCGGCACAUGGAAACGGGAAGGACCUGAUCGCCUUUGCCAAGUCUGGAGACCUGUGUGAGGACGAGAAGCAGAUGGUGUUGGAACUGGGACAGAUCAUCGUGGACUUCCUCAAGAAGAUCCACCCGAAGCUGAAAGGCAGGAAUUCGGAGAGCAGCGUCAUGGCUUUGGUUGCCAUGGCUAUUAUUGAGAAGAAGAUGGACCGGCACAUGGAAAUGUGCUCCAUUUUUGCUUCUGAGAAGGCUUGGGCCUUUUCUAAGGCCUGGGUCUCCUGUCUUGUUAAAAACAAAGCCCUCUUCCAGAAACCGGAGCUGGUCUUGAAAUUGCUGGAGACCACCGUGACGUUUAGCCUGUCCGCCGAGCACAGGGACAGCAAGGAGGGGCAGAGUCAAGCGAUCAGAACCAUUCUGGAAUGUUACACCGCGCUUCCGCUGCCCGACAAGAACAAAGUGAUCUCGGGCAUCCUGACUUCUUGGGGCGGGAAGGGCCUGUCCCUGAACUUGAAGGCUUUCACGGAAGGGUUUCAAGAGGAGCUGAACUUGGCUUUCAACCAGAUCACGCAGAGCGUGUCCGAUCAAGGUCUCACCAAGGCCGUCGCCUCGGUGGCCAGGCUGGUUCUGCUCUGCCCCGAGGCCACGGUGAAGAAAGUCUGCAACCUCGCGGUCGUCAACCUGGGAACGCACCAGUUCCUAGCGCAGAUCCUGUGCUCCUUUCCGGCCCUGAGGUUCCAAGAGACGCAAGACGAGCCGAACAAGUCGGGCAGCCUGGUGGAGAGAUGUCUGAAGGAGAGUGUCUGGGGGAAACUCUCUUCUACGAAGGAAAAGGAGCAGUUCCUAGAGUUCUUGGCCUUUCUCAUGCAGCCGAGCUCCGGUCAGCCUCUCCUCUCCCCUGCGGAGGUGACCAAAGCUUUUGUCUUUCCCCAUUUGAAAUCAGAUUUUGCCCACAUUGAGCUGAGCUUGCAGAUCCUCAGUAAGGUUCUGGCAGUCCAGCCCAGUCCGGAGGAACAUCUUCUACGAAGGAAAAGGAGCAGUUCCUAGAGUUCUUGGCCUUUCUCAUUGGCUCUUCUGGGCCUCUGCAAACUCCUGGAUGGCUACACCAAGUACUGGCACCGGUUCAGGGACCAGCACUGCCCUGGGCUGGAGACCAAAGAUCUGAUUGCCACCACCCUCUCUCAGCUCUGUGAAGCGGUGGGGCAGAAAGCUGCCCCCUCUCCAGAAGUGUGGAUCCAGUCGUUGGCCUGGCUGCACCGGAAGGUCGAGACGCUGGACUGGACCGUUGGUCUCCGGCUGAAAAAGCUUCUCGGGGACCACUUUAAGAACGAAGUCCCGGCGACGCUGUUUGAAAUUUGCAAGCUCUCGGAGGACGAGUGGACGUCCCGGCCCCUCCCGGCCUACGGGGCGGGCAGCGGGCUGGGGGCGGGCAGCGGGCUGCUGGCCCAGAUGGAGUGCUGCUGCAUCUCCACCACGCUGAGGGAGCAAAUGCUUUCUCUCCUCGCCGUCAACAUGGACAACCCAGAAGAAGUCAACUUGUUCAGCAAGGGUUUCCUGGUGGCCCUGAUCCAGGUCCUGCCAUGGUGCAGCCACAGCGAAUGGAAGCAGCUCACGCACGUGAUUGACAGCCUGCUGCACCGGCAGGUCCUUCACGUGCCUUACACGCUGGAGUACGUGCAGUACAUGCCGCUGCUCAACUUCAGGCCCUUCGCCCGCCACCUCCAGUUCUCCGUGCUCUUGUUGAGAGGGUUCCAGUUGCUCUGCAGCUCUAGCUGCUCCAGCUGGCUGCCGGUGGAAGGCUGGCAGCAUGUGGUGAGACUCUACUGCAGCAGCCUCACCGACCUGCUGGGCUCGGUCCAGAGGGAGUCCCUCUCUCACCGGCAGUCUGACGACGACAGGGACCCCACGCAGGAAGUGUCCUUCAUCUACAUCCAGGUUUUCUGCCACGUGUUGCACGUGGCGGCCAUGCUGCCAGAUGACGGCACCGGCGAGCCGCUCCUGGUCCUGGCCCUGGAGAUCCUCUCGCAGUACAAAACGCUCAGCGCCUCUGACAAGUCCUUGAACAGCACGCUCCGGAAGGCCAACGAGAAGCAUUUCCUGGAGUCCAUCACUGACAACGUCCGCGACAAGGAGCUCCGGGCCACGCUCCUGCAGAAGCUGAGCAAGCUGUGAGCUGUCUCAGGCAGCCAGCCGGUCACAGCUGGAGUGAAACAGCAUCUCAGCUCCACAGAUCAUCAACGCUCGGAGGCACGAUAGAACGAGACACACCGGUGCCGCCCGGAGACUAAACCCUACAACGAUGAGUAGUUAUUGGAGAUUUGUAAGAUCUAUAAUAAACCUUUUCUUUUGGA